CAUUAAAAUGAAAACUCAGUAGGCUACAAAUGAAAACAACAACUCGAGGAGCGGCAGGUCGGCGCUACGUUUUUUUUAGUUUUUAUGUAUCCACGUUACUUUUGUUUAUCCAUUUACACCUCUGUGUAAUUUCAUUCUCGGCGAUGGGUCCGGAACACUUGCACACGGCGACGCACCCGCCCGAUGUAAUGAAACUGAAAUAUUAUUAGGUAUGAGGGAGCUCUCAUGUAUUACCUGACAGUGAUUUACACUGAGAGGAUUCAUGAAUAUUACCAUACUUCUGUUGUGAUAUUUAUGUGGAAAAUAUACGGAAAUAUAUACACAUGAUUAAUACCAAGAAGAGAGAGGACCCUCCUGAAAAUUAUCCUUUAGACCCCAAAAUAUAAGAAAAUAAUUUAUUCGUACGGUUAAUACACAUAAAAGAAGACCCUCUAGAUACUCAACCCUUAGACCAAGAAAAUAUACGGAAAUAAUUUAUACAUGCGAUUAAAACACCGACCCUCUCUAAUCCGAAGGUUGUUCUAGCCAAUGCUAAUUUACGCGCCAUUAAUAAAUCACAAAAAUAAAGUGUUGCGGUAAAGGUAGCUGAGGAGUUUGGUAAGAGCCUGUACACCACCCCUCCGCUGACCGCUGGCCGCCGCUCAUGCCGUCAGUCGUCGUGCAGGCGAGGGUUUGUGUGGACAUCUUCGCCCCUCUGUUACACGUCACACGUUAAGGUGUGAGCUCUUCUUCUACAAAGGAAAAUGGUGUACCUGAUGAGCGGCCACCGAGCAGAGCUUCUGGAGGGCGAAGAAUUGUCCCGCUACAAGAAGGACUGGUCCGCCUACCGCUCCGGGCUGGUGCGCCUCCACCCCGGCAGGUGGCUGUUCCCUUCGCCCUACCUCUUCUUUGCUGACAGGAUCUACAAUUUUAAGUUCCAGGCAAGCGAUGUCGUGGUUAUGACGUACCCGAAGUGUGGCACCACCUGGACGCAGGAGAUCAUUUCCGGCAUGAGGAGCGGCAUCGACCUGACCAACGCGAGUGAAGGCGCCCACCCCAUCCGGCCGUUCCUCGAUUUGGACAUGCUGGUGCAGGAUCACCUGGAUAGCGAGAACUCCCUGAAUGUUUUCCGAUGGAUGUUUGAGUCAGCGUGUCCAGGGAAGGACAUCAACGCAGGACUGAUGCUGCAGGUGACGGAGGCAACACCGCAGCCCCGAACAAUCAAAACGCACUUGCCUUUUUCAUUACUUCCACCGAACCUCCUGGAAACCUGUAAGGUCGUGUUCGUCGCCAGGAACCCCAAGGACAUGGUCGUCUCUCUUUACCAUCACAGCAAGUGGACAAAACUGUAUGACUUUCAAUCUUCGUUGGAAGAAUUUGUUGAAUACUUCGUAAAUGAUAAUGUGGUGUACGGCCCAUACUGGCUCCUCCUGAAAGAAGCCUUGGAAAAGCGGGAUCACCCCAACCUUCACUUCAUGCAAUUUGAAGACAUGAAGAGGGACAUCAUGGCAGAAAUGAGGAAGCUCAAUGGGUUUCUCAACACACAGCUCAGCGAAAAAACUCUGCAAACCAUCGCAGAGUACAACAGCUUCGAUACGAUGAAGGCUCGUUUUGAACGACAUUUCUCCAAAAUGGAUGCAGCGGACAAAACUGGUGCACUCUUCUUCAGGAAAGGGAAGGCGGGAGGCUGGAAGCAGAGUCUGACACAGGAGCUGAAGGCCAAGAUGGAUAAGUGGACAGCGGACAACAUUGGCAGCACUGGAGUGGAGUUUAAAUAUUCCUAAGAGCGAGGCUCUUGUAACACGCACUUCUUCACCGGCUGUAUUAGGAAUAAUUUAUGCAUGAUGGGAAUGUUAUUGAUUUAUAAGUUAUUUUCCUUGAUUCAGCAAUUCUAGUAUGCUACCCGCAGCCACCGUUUAUAAUGUUAGUAGCACCCCUAUGCCGGGCCCUUCACGAUGUGCCUUUUGAUGCCAGAUCUUAUACAAUGCACCUUGUUAACUUUUCUAGGGUAUCAUAAGUAAUAAUUCCUGAAAGCGACAAAUACUUGGGUAUACGAGUAUUAUUAAUUUCCAGACUAUGGGCCGAAGAAAACUGAGUGUCAGAUAGUCUUUUUCUUCCCGUGCUUAGUUAGGUACAGAGAUGUGGAUUGAGCAAUGUGACAGCAUCGGCGGUCAGUGAAAGUUUUUAUUAUAAUGUAUGUCAAAAGAAAUAUUGCUACACAUUACUUGUCAACGAAGUAUCCAGGGUUUAUCCAGCCAGUACUGACAACUAUGUUUGUAUAGAAGUAACACACUGUAAACCGUAACCAAGUGAAAUAAAAAUGUUAUCAACA